AUGACAGUGGCCGAAGACCUAGAGACGCUACGCGAUGCAAUCAACAACAUCCUGGCGAACAGGAAACAAUCGACACUUGGGCCUCUCAAGACGAGACCCGUCUUCCCGCAAACGGAACGGAGCCCAAGUCCCUCGGCGUCCGUGGCAUCGGAUCAACUUUCACAGAGUGGUGGUCAUUUAACGGGCGACUCACUGAGCAUGCGGACUCAAGACAGAGCGUCGGUAGAACCUUUGACCCAGAUACCCAUCAAGUCUCUAUAUGAGAUCACGCGGCUCGAAUCAUUACGUUCUCGUCAAGUAUCACCGUCGUCAACGAACAAGAGAACACCGGCUGGCGUGAACGAGCCUCGCGAUUUGGUUACAGAAGGCAAGAUCAAUCUCGUCGAUGCCAAACGCCUCGUUCAGAAGUUCCUGGACCAAACGGACCAUUAUCUCUAUGGCGUCACUACGAUAUAUCAAGACCUGGAUGGUAUUCGUAAUGCGUCGCCGCUGCUGUUUACAGCCAUUUGCACCGUAUCAGCUCUCCAUGAGCCCCAAGGUGAAUCGCUUUACCGCACCUGCAGCCUAGAGCUUCGCAAGCUUGUUACCAACUUCGUCUUUGCCCCGCAAGUGAGCAUGGGCGACUUCCAGGGACUACGUAUCGCCUCAUUCUGGUUGAGCGACAUGGCGUGGUCAGUCUCAGGCCUGGCCAUCCGCCGGGCUAUGGAGUUCCAACUUGGGAAGGCAUUCGAUUUUGUCAUUGGUGCCACCACUAUUCAGAAGGUCUCUCCCCACAGGUUUCAGCUUGGGAGCCGAGAAGAGGCACAAGAAUGCUUGAGAGUCUGGUACCUUUACUACAUCUGCGACCGUCAUCUAUCAAUUCUCUAUGGCAGGCCCUCAAGCUUUGGAGACCAAAUCUCAGUCAACAAGUGGGAAACCUACCUGAACGCAGUCCCGGAGAACAGCACCGACGUGCGGCUGGCAAGCCAAAUCGAGAUGAUUCUGAUACUGGACAAAGUCACUGGAAUCUUUGGCACAAACCUGGAAGUUUGUAUCCCUGGUCACUUUCACACCCAACUACAGGGGUUCAAUCGUCAACUUGACCAGUGGAUCAUGGCUUGGACAGGCCGAUAUCGUGAGUUCUUAUCUCGCAAGUCAGCUUGUGGUGACCAGGCUCUGACUACGUGGACAGGACCACAUGAGAGAAUAGGCAACUUUCCAUUGAAGGCGCUUACACUCCACUACCACUUUGCGAAGCUCUUCAUAUCUUCUCACGUUUAUCGCGGCCGAUCGUCUCACGGUGGCGGUGAGCCGGUUCCACCGGAGUACUCCGACAUGGCUCAAGUUGCCGUGAGCAGUGCGAGCGCCAUUGUGGAGCUUAUUAUAAACGACGUCGACAUCCGAGCUGCUUUCGUGGGGAUGCCUCACUACUGUCAUACCAUGAUUGCAUAUGCCUGUUCUUUUUUGCUCAAGCUUGCAACGAGUCAACAUGACAAAAGCCUCAACGCAGAGGAAACCUUUGGUGCGAUUCGAAAAGUAGCAGACUUCUGCCAGAAUGCCCAGUGUACGAGCUACCAUCUCGUGCACUGGAUGGGUGCAGGCCUGCGGGACCUCGCAGCGAAGUGUGAGAACGCCUUAUCAGACCAGUCGACAGGUCCCAAAGCUCGCAUUGGAGUUCAGGCCGAGGGAAUGCUGCUCCAGGACGACAUGUCUAUGCAGCAGGCGCACGAAGAGCUUGAGACGAGUCUAGGCAUGUCCAUUGAGCCUGGAAAUGCCUGGGAUGCAGCAAGAGGUGAUGCAAGCUUCCAAUGGGGAAUGGGGCCAAUCGAUGCAUCCCUGGGUAACAUGAGCUCAGGCUUCAUAAACCCGACGUUUGACCCGAAUAUGGGGUCUGAAGGGCCUGACGCAGGAUGGGAAUCAUUACUCCCAACAUUUGAUCUUGAACACAUGGGUUUUGGGUUACUGUGA